CUCUAAAAUUGGCUUUGGGAAAACAACAUCAACGACCCAAGCCUCAAGUUAAAACAACGGAUAAAAUCAACAUUUGAAGCAAGAAAUUUCAUCCAAGAAGUACUGUACCUGAAUACGUAACAUUCAAGACACAAAAUGCCUCAGAACGAGCACAUUGAAUUGCAUCGUAAGCGCCAUGGCCAGCGCCUGGACCACCAUGAGAGAAAGAGGAAGAAGGAGAGCCGUGAGGCCCACGAACGCUCACACAAAGCCAGGAAGAUGAUUGGUCUGAAGGCCAAACUCUACCACAAACAGAGGCAUUCUGAGAAGAUCCAGAUGAAGAAGACCCUCAAGAUGCAUGAGCAGAGGAAGACCAAGCAGAAGAACGAUGACAAGACCCCAGAGGGAGCAGUACCUGCCUACCUGCUGGAUAGAGAGGGACAGUCACGUGCCAAGAUCCUCUCCAACAUGAUCAAACAGAAGAGGAAGGAGAAGGCUGGUAAAUGGGAGGUGCCCCUUCCCAAGGUGAGAGCCCAAGGAGAGACGGAGGUGCUCAAAGUCAUUCGUACAGGCAAGAGGCAGAAAAAGGCCUGGAAGAGGAUGGUCACCAAAGUUUGCUUUGUAGGCGACAACUUCACCCGCAAGCCUCCCAAGUAUGAACGCUUCAUCAGACCCAUGGGUCUACGUUUCAAGAAGGCCCAUGUUACCCACCCGGAGCUAAAGGCCACAUUCUGUCUGCCCAUCCUGGGAGUGAAGAAGAACCCCUCAUCCCCGCUCUAUACCACAUUGGGGGUCAUCACCAAGGGAACCGUGAUAGAGGUCAAUGUCAGUGAGCUGGGCCUUGUCACGCAGGGUGGAAAGGUCAUCUGGGGUAAAUAUGCCCAGGUGACAAAUAACCCUGAGAACGACGGAUGUAUAAAUGCUGUACUGCUGGUGUAAAUUAACAACUGUCUCCUGACACACAUUGUCAAUUUGUGGACUAAAAAGCAUUUGAGACUCCAUUGAGUUGUCAUUAUAGUCCAGGACUAGGCUUUGUCUGCAUCCAGUAACCUGUCCCAUCAAUACAGACUGUCUGUAACAUACCACCAGAGUUACGGUCUGGAAUAACAGACUAGAGCCCUGAAACAUCUGUGAAUAAAGGGUGAAUGUUGAAGCAUCAGGAAACGGAUGGCGUAUUUUGCGACAUGUUUACCUUGUUACAAAUUACUGGAACAUUCACACAGAAAUUUGCAACAAAAUAUGUGGUUGUUUUUCUUUUCAAAUAAAUGUGUCAAUC